CCUAACGGAAGAGAGGAUAGCAGGGAUGGACAUCGGAGAUGGAAAUUUGACCCCACAGGAGCGAGAACGUGUGAUAGGAAUCCUAAAGACAUGUGAUAAGGCCAUAGCUUUCAGCGACGCGGAGCGCGGUAGGAUUGACCCUCGAUACACUAAGCCAGCGAGGAUUUAUACGAUUCCACAUGUUCCUUGGAAUGACGCGGGAUGGAAAUACGCCCAGAAGGAGAAGGAAGAAGUUGUCGCUUUCCUGAAAGAAAAGAUGGUUUCCCACGUUGAGGAGCCGUCUGAUAGUGCUUAUGCAAAUCGAUGGUUCUUCCUGCGUAAGCCGAAUGGCAAGAUCCGAUGGAUCCAAGACCUUCAAAAGGUCAACGCGGUGACGAUACGAGACGUGGGUUCCGUGCAACACGCCGAUUUACUGGCAGAAGGCGCAGCAGGUAGGUCGAUCUAUUCGGUCUGUGAUCUGUUCUCAGGCUAUGAUGAGGUACCGCUUGACCCUAGGGACAGGCACCUCACGGCUAUGCAUACGCCAUUGGGACUAAUUCAGAUGAUGGUCGUCCCUAUGGGUUGGACUAAUGGGGUAGCCGUUUUUCAGAGAGCCAUGGUAGCCGUCCUCAAGAACUUCAUCCCUGAUAAGGUUGAAGUUUUUCUGGACGACUUUCCUAUUCAAGGACGAGUAGACAAGGAUGAGACAGAGGUUGUACCUGGAGUUAGAAGAUUCGUCGAGCAGCACCUAGCAGAUAUUUGCGCGGUACUCGAGCAGCUAGACGAUGCGAAUUUAACAGUCAGCGGGACGAAGAGCCGAUGGUCCGUCUCGACUUUUAAGAUCUUGGGUUUUAUCUAUGACUCGAGAGGACGCCGAGCAGAUCCGGCGAAGUUAGACAAACUUCUGAACUGGCCUUCACCGUUACAUAGCCCAACCGAAGUCCGACAGUUUCUAGGAGUGGUCGGUUACUGGCGUAUAUUCAUACGGGGGUAUGCGGAGAAGGCUGAGCCAUUGAGGUUACUCCUUCGAAAGACUGAAAACUUCCAGUGGAACUCUUCGCAGGAGCUUGCUAUGCAAGAACUUAAAGACGAAUUUAAGGAAGGAGGCCGCGUGUUGGGUGUGCCAUUCUUUGACGAAGAGACCGAGAGACCUUUCAUAGUAUCCACGGAUGCUGGACCAUGUUCAGUCGGAGGUUUGCUGUCUCAGAAGGACGCUGGAGGGAAGGAAAGACCGUUGAGAUUUGAGAGUAGGACACUUAAUACGGCUGAGCGUAACUACAGUUAAUUCAAGAAGGAAGUGUUAGCUGUUCUCCGGUGUCUAGACACGUUCAGACACUAUAUCUAUGGGUGACGGUUCAUUUUGAGA